AUGGCUGAGACAACGAGGGAUGAAGAUCGGACCGAGGAAGACAACCGGAAAGGAGGUAGGAAUGUAAUUCUACUGGAAGAGGCAGACAUAUCAGAAGGUAUUAACGCUUGCUCCAAUAGUCUCUAUGGCAGACUCUUUGCUUCCAAAACCUUCUCAAUUGGAACCAUGGGGAAUGCUUUAAAGGUUAUAUGGGAAAACCCGGAAGGAUUUAGAAGAUGGAAGGAAGAUCAGAACUUUGAUAAAGAGAUUAUUUCCAAUUUUCCAGUUUGGGUUCAAUUUUGGGGUUUGCCAGAAUCGUUUAAAACCCUCGAAGUUGGACGUAAAUUGGGAGAAAAAUUGGGCACAGUGUUGGAGGUAGGUAAAUUUCAGAUGCGAGGCAAAGAAACUAGGAUUGUGAAGACCAAAAUCAAUAUUGAUGCUGCCAGGCAAGUGAGAGAUCAGUUAAUAGUGGCAGGAUCUAAUAAAAAGGAGGUAGAAGUGGCACUGCGCUAUGAGAGACUUGGAAAGUUCUGUACCUAUUGCGCAAAAUUGGGGCACGAGGUGAAAAACUGCCAUGAUCUGCUGAAGGACACAGAGAGUGAUAUGGUAAAAGAGGAUGACAUUGGCGAAUAG